UGCAGUCUAAGUUGAAAUAUCAGCACUGUUAUUGACAUAGUAAUUGUCAUCCAGCAAUAAUUAGUUGUACACAGAUCAGUACCAGCACUGAUUAAUAAUAAACACUUGGCAGGACUUUCUUAAUAGCGUUCUAUAAGCUUACCAAGUGCUUUCCAAGAAAUAACACCAAGUGUAUAAGUUCAGUGAUUGCGGUGGAUCCUAACACACACCAUUAACGUGUUUACAAGCAUCUAUCAUCUUAUAAGUAAUUAUAAAGAAAAAACUACAUUAGUUAUCCAGUACAUCUUAAAUACUUGACUGAAGUUCUGCUGCGGACCUUUUUUGGAUGGGAAUAUACCAAAAAUAAAGUAAAGUUUUCGCUGCAGACAAAAUGGACAUUCAAUAUCAACAACUCGAUGUUGUUCAGGAGCAAGAGGUUCAAAGUCAGAAAAAGAGAAACCAAUCUGCAAAGAAAAGAACAAGAACUGUAUUUACCUCGACGCAGCUUAUCGAGCUAGAACAGGUUUUUAACAGUAAUAACUACUUGAGCCGCUCAAAUCGAUUUCACGUGGCACAAAAGUUCAAUCUUACCGAACGUCAAGUUAAAAUAUGGUUUCAAAAUCGCAGAAUGAAAUUAAAAAAAGAAAAGAAAAAUUCCCCGGAUAGCAAAAAUAACAUUAAAAAGGGUACGGCUCCACGGACAUCUACGGCAGUGCUAGGCUCGGUGGGCGCUAUCGGAGGCACCGAAAUUCCGCAAUCCCCACCUUCAUUAUAUGGACAGCAACAACUGUUGUCCUCGUAUCACCAGCAAACUUUUAUACCAUAUCAGCAGGACCAACAAUCGCAGGCACCUCAGCAGUCAAUGCAUUAUUUUGAACUUCAACAACAAACAUCGUUGCACCCAUACGCCCCCAGUGCGCAACAACUUGACGAUGCGGAGCAGCUGCCAUAUCCAUCAAGCGCUGGAGCCUUAGCGCCUACAACUUUUGCCAACGAGGUGUAUAAUAAUUCGUCUUCUGGUGCUAAUUAUGCUAGCAUGGACAUAUACAGUAAAAAUACAGUAAACUAUAUCAACAACUACAGAUUAAAAAUGAACGUGCUUGAACAAGAGCAACAGCUGCACUUGCAGCAGCAAAAACAACUUUACUCAUCCAUACAACUGAUGCAACAGCCCCAGCAGCUACAUCAGCUGCAACAGCUACAACAACAGCAGCAGCAACAAAAACAACAAGUUAUUCCACAGCUACGGUCACAGCAUCAUCAGUCUCAAAUGACCUUGCAACACUCGCAACCGUCUCAACAACUGCAACAGCAAAAACGACUUGGACUUCAAGAGUUUUAUGGAAGUUAUACCUGCAACAUGUACGACAAUCUGUCGGAGCAUUUCGUAACUGAUCCACCCAGCGGUAAAACUUUUAAGGAAUUGUAGCUUGUUAAAUUUAUAUCAGUAAGUUUAAGUUAAUUUUUAAUAUAUGACUAAGAGUUAUACUAUAAGACAAGACAGUAAGAGUGUACCUUGGUAUUAUUGGCGGCAGGCUUUCUGAGAUACCAAUUUACGGAUUAAUUUCAACAGCUACGGAUGUAUCGCCACAAAUAGUAUCGCUAAUAAUAUCAAUCAUACACUUUUUUAUACUGAUUGACUGUGUCGUAAUUUUUUUGUGUUAUAAAAUUUAUAAACUUUCGUUUUCCUGAUAAACUAUUGAUAUUGCAUUAAUAUUAUGCAAGUUGUUAAGAUUGGAGAACGGAAUUUGAACUUUUUUUAUUCUGUCAGAGCACUAUCAAUGAUACAUUGACACGUACAUGUUAUAUAAUUAGUAUAUUGACAUACAUAAGUUAUUAUUUUAUUUUUAUUCCCGGAAUGCUAAAAAGCCUUGACUUCAUAUAAAUUCAAUGGACAUGAUUUGAAUAAUUGUAAAUAUGCUUUUAAUGCUCAUCAUUCUUAAAAGAAUUGAUGCUGAUUUAUGAAGUCCAUUCCAAUUUUUAAAUCAUGUGUGUCAACGUAGAAAGUUGUAUUUUAGAAUAUAAGAAAAUUUUUAAAAUUUAUAUUUUUAGUUUUAAUCGGUUUGUUGUUAAAAAAAAAAAAAAAA